AAUUAUUAGCAGUGCCUUCAUAAAACAACAAAAAAAACAUCGGUUGCUGCCCUGAUAUUGUUAUUAAUUUAAUGCUGGGAACAAUAAAAGCAACCACACAGCUGUCAGCAUGGGAAUUCUAGAGAAGAUUGCUGAAAUUGAGAGGGAAAUUGCCCGCACUCAGAAGAACAAAGCUACCGAGUAUCAUUUGGGUCUGCUGAAGGCCAAGUUAGCCAAAUACCGCUCCCAAUUGUUAGAGCCGGCGAAAAAAGGUGAGAAGGGUGAAGGUUUUGAUGUUUUGAAAAGUGGAGAUGCGCGUGUGGCGCUUAUAGGCUUCCCUAGUGUGGGCAAGUCCACUAUGUUAUCGACUCUGACCAAAACUGAAUCGGAAGCAGCCAACUAUGAGUUCACUACGUUGACAUGCAUUCCGGGUGUGAUUGAGUACCAGGGCGCCAAUAUACAGCUGCUGGAUUUGCCGGGUAUUAUUGAAGGUGCCGCACAGGGUAAGGGACGUGGUCGUCAGGUCAUUGCUGUUGCACGUACCGCCGAUCUUGUGCUGAUGAUGCUGGACGCCACCAAACCCAAUGUUCAUCGCGAGCUGUUAGAGCGUGAGCUGGAAUCAGUGGGCAUACGGCUUAACAAACGCAAGCCGAACAUUUACUUCAAGCAAAAAAAGGGCGGCGGCCUAAGCUUCAACUCCACGUGUGCACUGACGCGCUGUAGUGAGAAAAUGGUUCAAAUGAUUUUGCAUUCGUUUAAGAUCUUUAAUGCGGAAGUGCUCUUCCGAGAGGACUGCACAGAGGAUGAGUUCAUCGACGUUGUGACUGCCAAUCGUGUCUACUUGCCUUGUUUGUAUGUUUACAACAAAAUAGAUCAAAUAUCCAUAGAGGAGGUGGAUCGCCUAGCGCGACAGCCAAACUCAAUUGUGGUCAGCUGCAACAUGAAGCUAAAUCUAGACUACAUGCUGGAGGCCCUAUGGGAGGCACUGCAGCUGAUAAGAGUAUACACUAAGAAGCCUGGCGCACCGCCAGAUUUCGAUGAUGGCCUUAUUCUGAGAAAGGGCGUCAGUGUGGAGCAUGUGUGUCACGCUAUACAUCGGACGCUUGCUGCUCAAUUUAAAUACGGCCUGGUGUGGGGCACCUCAACGAAAUACUCGCCGCAGCGUGUGGGCAUAGCUCAUAUAAUGGCCGAUGAGGAUGUGAUUCAAGUGGUCAAAAAAUAAUGCGAGGCGCAAAUGCAAAUGCAUGUUUGUUAAUCUAAAGCUAGUGUUCAAGUUCAGUUGAAAUACACAUACCUAUAUCUGCCUAUGCUGAUUAUUAAACUACUACUAGGUUGGUAAAA